GAGAGACGUGUGUGUGCAUGCAUGUGCGUGAAAGUGUAAAAAUCUAAUAAUAGAAACCUGGUUCCGUUAAAACUGGUCGCCGCCUCGAUGUUCUUACUUCCCCUGAACUAUCAACAAUUUUCUUGAGUAAAGAGUCAACAGCACUAUAAGUGCCACUACAACUGCUGUGGAAAUCCAUGGCAAGAAACAAUCAGGGCCAGUGUUCCUUGAUAAGUGGGAGGCAGAUACUGUUUUGCAGAGGUCCAAGCGGGCAAACACAGGUGCCUUUGAGGAGUUUUUCAAAGGGAAUUUGGAACGAGAGUGCAUGGAGGAGAGGUGCAGCGUGGAGGAGGCCAGAGAAGUCUUCGAAAAUGAUGAGAAAACAGUGGAGUUUUGGUCAAGUUAUGCAUAUGGCAACCCAUGUAAAGAAACACCAUGUAAAAACCAGGGCACAUGUGAGCACCAAAAGAACACAUACAUAUGUCAUUGCCAAACAGGUUUCACUGGAGAGAACUGUGAAAUAGUGGCUGUCAGGAACUGUGAUGUUAACAACGGCGGCUGCAUGCAUUUCUGUUCCACAAUGGAGACUCAAGGGGCAGUGUGUUCUUGUGCUACUGGGUACAAACUGGUGGAGAAGGUUAAAUGUGUGCCUGAAGUGAAAUUCCCUUGUGGUGUAAGAAAAACGAGCACAAGAAUCAUUGUGAGGUCUGUAGGCUCCAACUUGCCUAACACAACACAACCUGAUACAAGUGCUACACUCCCAAAAGUUCCUAUCACCAACCAAACCACAAGCCAAAAGACAAAAGAAAAGGGCAAAAUCCCACCUUCUCGUAUAAAACUACCCAUAUGGUUCUAUAACAGCACAGAGUGGAUCAACAAUAGGACUCGCAUCAUUGGUGGAGAUUCCGCAUCCCCUGGAGAUAUUCCCUGGCAGGUGGCGUUAGUGCUGCGCUCCACACAGCAGGUGUUCUGUGGAGGUUCUAUUCUAAGCGAGCAGUGGGUCAUAACUGCAGCACACUGUAUAGAAGAGAGCAAGCAGAAAGCGUUCUUCAUAAGAGUAGGUGAGCACAAUAUCAAAAAGAAAGAGGGCACAGAGCAGGAUCUCGAGGUGAAGAAGGCCAUAACACACCCUCGCUAUGACCCAAAAACCAGCCUAUACAACCAUGACAUUGCUCUUGUGCACCUACAGAGCUCCAUUGUUUUCACUGAUCAUGUGCGGCCCAUCUGCUUCGGGCCCAGCGGCUUUAGUGACACCCUACUUCAAUCUGGCUCACCAGCGACCAUUAGUGGGUGGGGCCGGCUUCUCUUUCAGGGCCGAAGUGCAGAGACACUACAGAUAGCUGAAGUUCCCUUUGUGGACAGGAGCAAUUGUAAGGAGAGCAGCAGAGAUCGGAUUACACACUAUAUGUUCUGUGCUGGCUAUCCGGAUGCAGCUAAAGACGCGUGUCAGGGGGACAGCGGGGGACCCCAUGCCAACCAGUAUCAAGGAACUUGGUUCCUCACUGGCAUUGUUAGCUGGGGGGAGGAAUGUGCUAAGAAGGGAAAGUAUGGUGUAUACACACGGGUAGGCGUCUACUACAAAUGGAUGCAAUAUGUUAUGGGGAUUACAAAAAAGAUGCCAUAUAAUGAUGUUGAGUUUUGAUUGCAAGGUUGUUUUUUUUUUGUCUCUCAGGACUGAUUAUUAUUAGAUCAAGAUUUUUUUUUUACUAUUAUAUAGCAUUUUCUAAAUGUUUAUCCAUAAGCAGUAGCUUUUGUUUUAGUAUAAGAUUUAAAACAGUUUUCAUGUAUUGUAUUAUUUGGUUAAAUGUGUGAAAGAGCAUCUGGCAUCUCGAUCUAAAGAGACCAUUCACUCGAAAAGUACAGUUCAUUUUAUGCUUCUUAAAGGAGUUUUGUUGAAGUUGUUGACAACUUCUAAAUAUGAAUGCUUUCUUUAUUUCAUUGCAGUUUUUUUGUUCUUAAAUCCAUUGGUUUUUUUUCAUUCAUUGCAGACUACUGGCAAAAUUUAGUUGACAAUAUUUAAUAAAGGUUAAAUAAGAAAUAAAAAAAUAAAAGGAAAAACUUGU